UUCUAUACAGAGGAUAUGUGUGGACGUAUCAGCGAUCCCAUUGGUCACUUUGCAGAGUGCCAUGCUAUUGUUUCUCCCGUGUUUCAGGAGGUCUCGUGUGUAUACGAUAUGUGCCAUGCGUCCGAUUUAGACGCCCGCAAUAAAGUGCUAUGUGAUUCCCUGAGUACGUACUAUGACAUGUGUCGCGAGGAAAACGUUAAUUUAGCAACGUUUAGAACUAAGACAUUCUGUCCCCUGGUCUGCCAAACAUGGAGUUCAUACAACCCGUGCAUGUCGCCAUGUCCCGCUACGUGCAUGUCGCCUGGGGACUGUGAAUAUGAACAGUGCGUCGAAGGCUGUGAAUGCGAAGAGGGAUACGUGCUCAGUGGAGAACGCUGCGUACCAAAGUCUGACUGUGGAUGUAUUGACGAAGAUAACAUAUUCCAUGAGACUAGAGACACAUGGGUAACAUCUGACUGCAAUCGAGAAUGUACCUGUACUAAUAUGGACACCAUCGAAUGCAAGGAUUUGAAAGGAUGUCAAGCACAUGCCCACUGUGCCGGUCUGGAUGGCACGUAUACUUGUCAGUGUGACGUUGGUUAUAUAGACCAUGACGGCGUCUGUGAAGAGGAUCCGGAUGACGAGUUUGAUUGCCAGGUGCAGUGUGGUGGUAGAUGUCGAUAUCAGUCAUGUAAUGUAGGUGAAAUGAACGCACCCAGUAACUGCUACUGCCAUGGAUCACCGAUGAACAAAUGUUGUAUAGACGACCCAUAUACUUUAGAAUGUACCGAAUGCAAUGGACAAUGUCGGUCAGAGUGCUUGGCUGGGGAGACAGAAACAUCAUGCGACUGUCAUGGCGGCGAUGGAAAAUGCUGCAUAGCUGGAUGAUGUCGAUAUAAGUUGUGAAUUAUCGUGCCACGGUGAAUGUCGUGUACACUGUCAGCAUGACGAAGUGAUAGCGAACGAUGGAUGCACGUGUCCCGGAUCCACGCACUGCUGUGUCCAUAAUCCCUAUCAGUUAUCGUGUGUUCACACGUGUGGUGGUAUCUGUCGUGACGAGUGCGAAUCUGGGGAGGCAACGGCCGUGGAGGCGUGUCAAUGCAGUCUGGCAAACCAAGUAUGCUGUAGAGUACAAGGCUGGAUGUACGGCGAUCCUUACAUUUGGUCCUUUGAUGGCAUCAGGAUACACACACAGGAACUGUGCUCUUACAUACUUGUCCAAGAUAUGAUAUCUGAACCCAGCCGUUUUAAAGUCAUCGCAACGACACGUGAAAAGUUAAACAUGGGAAGAGAUGUUACAAAUGUGAAUAGCAUCUUAGUUCACGCAAAUGGAAGAACAAUACAUCUUAUGGAGGGACAACAAAUCCAG